AACAAAGGCCCUUCCCGGCUUGAACCAUUAUUAACGGGGUUGGCCAACAGCCCUCUCCACAUUAUCCGCCCUUCGAUCGCCCUACCUCCUAUCAUCCCAAAACUUUCACCGCAACAUCGCGGCAGCGCUCCGGAGAUAAGCAAAGAAAGCAGCGCCCAUGAGCCAACGAGUCGACGCCGGGAUGGUCGCCGACGACCGGGGCGCGCGCGGCGUGCUCAACGAUGCUGAACCAGAGACCGAGACGGCCCAGCAGCCGCAGGAAGAAUCGCGGUCGACCUCGUCUUCAACGUCGCCCGUCCCUCCUGACAACGAAGAGUCCGACUUUUUUCUCGCUGCAGACGACUCUCAGUCCUCUCUCGGCAUGCCCAACCUUCAGGAUAUGCACGUGUCCGACGACGAGUGCAUCCAGCCCAUCGACCGCCUGCCGAACGAGCUACUGAUCGCCAUCUUCGCGAGGCUCAAUACGCCGUCGGAUCUUCUCAACGUGAUGUUGGUCUGCAAGCGCUGGUCACGCAAUGCCGUCGACCUCCUCUGGCACCGCCCAUCUUGCACAACAUGGAAGAAACACGAAUCCAUCUGCAGGACGCUCGCCCUCGAGAAUCCUUACUUUGCUUACCGGGACUUCGUCAAGCGCCUGAACCUGUCUGCCCUCGCCGGGAGAGUUAAUGACGGCAGCGUGAUGCCACUGGCUGCGUGUACGCGGGUUGAGCGCCUCACCCUUACGGGCUGUGCCAACCUGACGGACUUGGGAGUCAUCGCCCUGGUAUCGAGCAGCAGUCGUCUGUAUUCGCUCGAUGUUUCGAUGGGCCCCUCGUCGACGACCGCGGACGUCGCUUUCAAUGACCAGAUCAGUGAAACCUCUAUCUAUGCCAUCGCCAAGCACUGCCCACGUCUGCAAGGCCUGAACGUGUCGGGCUGCCGCAGAAUCUCGAAUGAGAGUCUCAUUCAGCUUGCUCGCAACUGUCGACAGAUCAAGCGGCUCAAAUUCAACAACUGUACUCAGAUUACCGACGAGGCAGUCCUCGCCUUUGCCGAAAAUUGUCCCAAUAUUCUCGAGCUCGAUCUUCACCAGUGUCGAGAGAUCGGCAACGAACCGGUCAGCAGGGUUCUUACCAAGGGAAAGUCGCUCCGGGAGCUCCAUCUCGCCAACUGCGACUUGGUCGAUGACUCCGCCUUCCUCUCGCUACCUCCCAACAGGACUUAUGAGAAUCUGCGCAUUCUCAACCUCGGCUCUUGCACAAGGCUUACAGACCGCGCCGUGGAGAAGAUCGUUGAGGUGGCGCCGCGACUGCGGAAUCUCGUGCUGCAGAAGUGCCGCAACAUCACGGACGUAGCCGUCUACGCCAUCUCGAAGCUCGGGAAAAACUUACACUAUCUCCACCUCGGCCACUGUGGACACAUCACGGAUGAUGCCGUCAAACGUCUCGUGAAUUCGUGCAACCGAAUUCGCUACAUUGAUCUCGGCUGCUGCACGCUCUUGACGGACGACUCGGUUACGAAACUGGCUGCUCUGCCCAAGCUCAAGAGAAUCGGGCUUGUAAAAUGUUCUAACAUCACCGACGCCAGUGUCCUGGCCCUGGCGAACGCGAACCGCCGGCCGCGAAUGCGCAGGGAUGCGUCUGGCAACAUCAUCGGGAGCGACUAUAGCACCAGCCAGAGCUGCCUUGAGAGGGUGCACCUCAGUUACUGUACCAACCUGACUCAGGAUAGCAUUAUCAAGCUUCUGAACUCGUGCCCUCGGCUGACACACCUCAGCUUGACUGGAGUACAGGCGUUCCUGAGAGAGGAUCUAGAGGGUUUCUCCCGAGAUGCUCCACCCGAAUUCACCGAACACCAGAGGGCGGUAUUCUGCGUGUUCUCCGGCCAGGGAGUUGUUGGCUUGCGGAAGCAUCUCAACAGGAUCAGACAAGCGCCACUCUCCAUACGGGCUGCUCCGCCCGUAGACGGCGCCAUCUUUCCUGACACGGCUCCGCCACCGGCAGGCUUGCCCAAUCUCUUGCAGGUCGGCGACGGUGGUUUCGAUGACGGAGAGGUGGAUGCGAUAGACGACGAUGACGGUCUUGAAGAUGCAUCCGAGAUGGUCCUCGACACGCACCCAUUACUAAACAACCAGCAGAACACUGUGCUGGACUUCAACGCGGCCUUGGGGACUAUCCCUCUACCACCCCCAGCCGCGCAGACACCGCAGCCUGAAGGGACGGAGACUCCAUUUGAGCCUUUUCAUUAUGUAGCCGGCCACCCUCCUUAUAUUCCUGUGCCUGUUACUACUCCGGGCGAGCCUGCAACGCUGGAUACCCCCAUCGCUGCUGCGCAUCAGGAGAGUUCUAGAGGCCAGGAAGAGGGCAAUGGUGAUGUGGCCGACAACGACGGGACCGCCGAUACUGCUAGCUCACCCGCUCUGCAUCCGCAGUCCGCCGUCGCACCAGGGCCAACAACGGCUAAUGUGAUUGCGGCCGAGCCCAACCACUCGACGCCUAUCCACCACGCUCAUAUGGAUAUCUCGACACCGGGGGCUGUCAUACUGGAGCAGCAGCGACUUGCUGCUAACGAACACCAAGCCAGCCACUCUGGAGGUCCUGCAGCUGCUUAGUAUGGAGCUUAUGGGAGGGAGAAUGGCUGGGCUACCAUGACGGUGUUAGGGGCAUGAGGAAACAACGAUACCCCGGGAUAGGACAAGGUCACGCCCGUCUCCGCGAUUGUGCGUAUUUCUUGCAUGGAUUAGGUAGUUUAUACCAAAUGGGUUGUAGACGUGGUCACUUGGUGUUGUGGUUCUUGUCAGCCAGGCUUUUGCUUGGUCUGGUCCUCGGUCGUCUAGUCCGGUC